AUGGCCGUUGUCGCAACUAUCAAGUGUGUCGUCGUCGGCGACGGUGCUGUUGGCAAGACCUGCUUGCUCAUCAGCUACACGACCAACAAAUUCCCCUCCGAAUAUGUUCCUACCGUCUUCGAUAAUUAUGCCGUUACGGUCAUGAUCGGCGACGAGCCCUACACACUUGGACUUUUCGAUACCGCUGGUCAAGAAGAUUACGACCGUCUGCGUCCGCUCUCAUAUCCCCAAACCGACGUUUUUCUCGUCUGCUUCAGCGUCACCUCCCCCGCGUCCUUUGAGAACGUCCGGGAGAAGUGGUUCCCCGAGGUUCACCACCAUUGCCCGGGUGUGCCCUGCCUUAUCGUUGGCACGCAGGUGGAUCUGCGCGACGACCCAAGCGUCCGCGACAAGCUGGCCAAGCAGAAGAUGUCACCCGUGCGCCGGGAGGAUGGUGAGCGCAUGGCCAAGGAGCUCGGCGCUGUCAAAUAUGUCGAGUGUAGUGCGUUGACGCAGUACAAGUUGAAGGACGUGUUUGACGAGGCCAUUGUUGCCGCUCUCGAGCCGCCCGCACCCAAGAAAAAGUCACACAGGUGUCUUAUACUGUAACCGACCAACACUUCUCUCAGACUACAACCGCAAAUACCAUGGAAGCAAAAAGUGAGCGGCAAACGAGAAAUUGAUAGAGCCUGGGAUUUUGAUUUAGGAAACGGGCCUCGGCGGCUUGAAAGACCCGAGCAACGCAACAGCGACACACAGGAGCUAUCAAACGGGAGCUUGACAUACACCGCUUGGCUCCCCUGACAUGGACCGUCCAUGUGACAGUCCUGCAGCGUGCUGUCUCUGACGCUCGAGGCAAAGAGAUCUAAGGUGUUUUUUUGACUACCCCUUUUUGUUCGUGCGCUGCUUCUUCUUGUUCACUCUUCAUCUAUCUUAUGGGGUCGGGGAAUCACACCAAUGCCGACACGAAUG